ACUUAACAAUAGCUUCUCUGAGUUUCAUGUCUGAGGAUGUAAGCCUAUAGUGUACUGUCAGACCAAUGGGAAGGAUAUAAUUGUAACUCAAAGCUUACUGUUUACAUACAAAUAUGCCAGUUCAAGGAGUUAACCUUUAAUUAAAGUGUGUAGAAUGAUUAAUUAAAAAUAGUUAGCAUUACAUAAAACCCUUAAGGGUGUCAAAGGGUCUGAAGAGUUUUGCAUGACAUGAAUGAUCUUGUUGGUUGCAGCUGUCAGUUAAUGCUCCCCCUGGGGUGUGGAUUUGUAGUACUGACAUGAUUCUUACUGUCGCUCCAGAUACAAAAAUUGAUUGGAAGCAGUAUUCUGAUGGCAUCACCAUGAUAUUAUUUCAAGGAGAUAUAAACUAUGCAACGGGCCAUGGGGUUGUGAAAUUCGGAGACAAGGGCAAAGUUAAGGACAUCACUUUUAAAGGAACUGUGGAUAUGUUAAAGAGCUGUGCCCUCCAAAAUGGUAAAGUUCCCUUGGUCAGUGGUGUGGUUUACAUAAAUAUCUCAAUAGUGGAAAAAAUUCUCAGUUUCCAUGUGUAUGCUCCUCUUGAUGCUUGCACUUACUAUGGACUUGACAAUGGAGCAGAUCCUAUACAGUUGUCACUGUUCUUUGACAUUCUACUGUGCCUGGCUGAGGAUGUCACUGAGGCAGACUUUGUUUGUGGUGAAAGGAGUGGUUCAUAUGGUCGCAGCACUCGAAUGGGAACAAAGUGUAGCUCAAAGGAUGAGAUGACAUUGAUGAGAGGUGCAAGGGCUUCUCUGUGGAAGAUUCUCAGGGGUGUCUCACUAAAAGGAGUUGUGAUUGAAAAGGGGGAAUUUGAUUACAUGCAGCCAUCUGCGGAAUGUUACAGAAGUCAAAUGCUGAAAAGUGUUGAAAAGUUUGGUGAUGGUCAAUUUGACCACAACAACCACACCCAUGUCUGUUUUCGCAAGAACAACCAAGGAAAACCUGCAGAUGUGGACCAGUCUACUGUAGUCGUAAAUUCUAUUAUUGAAGCCGGAAUUGACAUUGGAAAGGAGUCUGUUGUGUCUCAUUGUCAUUUACAGGGAAAUGUCAAGAUCGGUGCAGGAUGCGUGUUGACAGGAAUUGCUCCACAUGAUUUCAAGAGUAUUCUCCCAGGGACCAGUCUCGUGGAGAAUCUGUGCCUUCUGGCUUACACUGUGUCCCUUCCAGGUCUGAGAGGAAAAUCUCACAGGGUUCUGGCGGUGUUUGGUGUUCAUGACGAAAUGCAGAUGCCAUGUCAAUCCCCAAGCAGUACCUACUGUAAUAAACCAUGGAAGGUAUUCUUUGAAGGAACAGGAAUCAAUUCAGAAGAAGUCUGGAUCGGGGUGCCUGAACAGCGCAGGAGUCUUUGGAAUGCUAAGCUGUUCCCAGUUGUUCAUCCUUUUGAUGUUCUGGAGGAUGAUGCUGGUGAAGAUGACAUCCUAUGGCUGGCGAGUAUUGGCGUGUCUGAUACUCCUGAUCAGCAAAAACUGAACAGGUGGCGUUCUUCACUGAGAUUAUCUUUAAAAGAUAUAUUGAAUGCCGUCGAUACGGGUUCAGAGUUUGCUUGGAGGAAAAAGCUUUGGUUUGAGAUUGGAAAGACCGAAGUGGAGGGAACACUUAAGAAUUGCAGCAGUAAUUGCCUUGUGCCCUUCUUCAAGAGUUGUGGAAAAGAAGGAUUUGAGUCGCAGAUUUUGGAGGUUUUAGAUCAAGUUGCAUCCAGCGCCACCUCUCCAGGCGUGGCUGCACGGACUUUGGCGUGUAUUGCUGACGUGUUAGGUGCGAUGGCAGGAGAGAGGGCUGGGUUGAGAAGUGGUCCGGCCCGAAAUGAAUCUUGGAUGCAGGCCUUUGAGCUUCUUGAUAAAGGAGAAAUCUCAGCAGGGGUCAAAGCUCUCGCCAUGGAAAGAUCAAAAUGGCUUGACAGACCUCAUUUGCUUAUCCGAGCUGCGAGACAUUAUGAAGGAGCUGAACAGGUCUUGAGGAGACGGGCAGUUCUGACAGCGAGACAGUUUUUCCGGAUUGAAGAUUGUGAUCCUGUUCCCAUGGGGCACUGGGUUAUAACGGAAGCACCAGCCCGGAUAGAUCUUUCUGGAGGAUGGAGUGACACGCCGCCAAUCACCUACGAACAAGGCGGAGCGGUGCUAAACGUUGCCGUUAAACUCAAUGGACAGAAAGUUACGAAAGCCCAAGUCAGGAAAAUAAAGGAGCUUGAAAUUGUCCUUGUGAUCCACUCAGGAGAGCACAGUGUUCGAGUUGUGUGCAGUGAGUUGAUACAUAUGGAGAACUAUACUCAACCAAAUGCUCCAGGAGCGCUCUUAAAAGCUUGCUUUUGUUUACUCGACAUUGUAACUUUGCCAUCAAACGAGACAUUAUCCGAACAACUGAACAGAAAGUACCAGGCAGGUUUUGAGCUCCAUACAUGGUCAACCGCUCCUCAAGGCAGUGGCUUGGGCACGAGUAGUAUUUUGGCGGGAGUUAUCCUGAUGGCGCUGUUACGCGUGACGGAUCGGACAACAAGUAUGGAGUCUCUCAUCCACGCUGUGCUGAUCAUUGAACAGAUGCUAACUACAGGAGGCGGGUGGCAGGACAACGUCGGGGGACUGGUACCUGGUUUUAAAAUCGGUCGGUCCCAAGCCUCUUUGCCUUUAAAAGUGGAGUGGGAAAAACUGGAGUUGAGCGAGAAGACCGUGGAAGAAAUGACUAAAAGAUUGGUGUGCUUUUACUCGGGAAGGACAAGGCUUGCCAAGAACUUGUUACAGAACGUUGUCAGGAAUUGGUACGCAAGGUUUUCCCAAAUCACUAACAACGCCAAAAACUUGGUGAACAACGCGGAAGAGGCUGCUAAAGCCCUAAAAGAAGGAAAUAUCGAGAAGUUUGGUGCGUGCUGGACUUGUUACCGACAUCAAAAAAGCCUCAUGGCACCCGGUUCUGAGCCCAAAGCAAUUAAAGACUUACUGGAAGCCCUGGCGCCGAUGAGUUACGGUCAAGCGAUGGCCGGAGCGGGUGGUGGUGGAUUUAUUUUUGUUCUGACCAAGGAACCAAACAUGGUGGAUGAAGUCAAAGCUGUGAUCAAGUCAAUGAAGCCUUCAGACGAGACAGUUGAUUUCUAUGACGUGAGCGUGGACUGGGAAGGACUUACUGUGAGAGUGGAGGAACCCUCGCAAUGAAUCAUGGGAAAAUGGACGAAGAAACACGAAAAGAACCCAGGGAACUUUUCAAAGAAGCAAGAGUUUCCGGCUUUGAGUAACUCGAAGUAAUCACUCUAGUUUUUGUGAGCGCUGACCUCAAGUUAAGGUCCUUUGAGUGAAGGACAUUCACUACUGGGGGGGAGAGUGAGGUCAUGAAGAGCUUGUAGCAAAGUUGGUUUGACGUACACAUUUAUACAGUCGAUCCUCCCGUAAGCGACCACCCAAAAUGUCAAGCCUAGAUGGUCGCUUACGAGAGCUUAGACCAUAUUGGGUCAACAUAUUUGGUCUUACUAGCGUAUGGUAAAUGUAGAGACUUACCCCAUGAGUCAGUGCCCAUCUAAACCAUAUAAGAACUUUUAGCAGCCACCACAAACCUUCCAAACCUUCAGAGUAUCAUGGUUUGUUUCUGACAAACUACAACAUCUUAUUAUCCAAUUUCCGCCCUCUUAGCUGUCAAGUUGUCGCUUACGGGAGGUUAAAAGCAAAAGAAAACUUCGAACUUUUAGCUCUAAGAGUGGUCGCGAGCGUCUAUGAGAGGUGGUCGCUUACAAGAGGUUCCAAAGAUAGUGAUUUGACUUGGAAACUUUUGGUAUUUUGGAAAACUGGUCCCUGAGGGGAGGUGGUCGCUUACGAUAGGUGGUCGCAGCCGGAGGUUCGACUGUAUAUUGUAAAGACACUAGGCUAGCUUAGAAUGGUUUAUGCGCUAGAGCUUCAAGUAACACGUCUCGCACAUUACGGACGUGUUAUGUUUCCGUUAGGGAAUGAGCCUUGCAUGGGUUAGAUUGGGAACCUUUUCCUACUGUAUGUGCGUGUAAUAAAAGGUUAUAGCUCUGCAAUCUUGAAACGGACGAAAACAAAAUCCCCCAAGGUUAUCGAAACGGUGUUAUUAUCGGUAGAAAAUUAGUAAUGACUUAUUUUCUUACGUUACAUGAUCGCGUCUUUGGGCGGGGACGAUAAACCGAAGGCCUUGACUCCGAUACUACAUCUACAUUUUUAACCUUCACACUUAUGAGGGGACAUAAAAGAUUUCACAACACUGUUGGCAUAGAGUACGGGACAUGGUCUCCAAAAUGCGUUUUCAAAAA